CCCUGGAUCCACCGCCCUCCCGCGCCCUGAUGUCUCCAGCGGCUUCGACAGCCAUUCCCACCAUCAACUCGAGAUCUCUCCGACGAACUCCUGCGCGUGCGGCGCGUGCAGCUCAUCUUGAUGCAGCUAGCCAGCACUGCCACGAGGAUGAAGCAGCAACAGAGGUCGAAGAUAUUAUUGCUGGUACAAACUGUAAAGGGAAGAUGCCCCUGAAUGCUGGUGCUGAAAUUCAGAAUAAAGCACAAUCAUCCUAUCUGAGCCUGAGUCGUCCACUGUCUUCUCAUACUCUACCCAAGGUCAAGCAGAUAUUCGGUGACGUAAGCUGGAAGGGGGCACGUGGCAAAUCUUUUGAGGGGGAGAAGAAAAUUUCAACUGUUGCGUUAAUCACUGAUGAAGAUAUGCUACUUCAUGAAUCAGCAGAUACUCAUAAUGAGAACCCAGCAAGAUUGAUAAGUAUAAUGUCGAAUCUCAGAAAAGGGAAGCUCAUCAAUAGAUGUGAUCUAUUCAAACCUGAUGAGAUUGGAGUAAAGUACAUGCUGGAUGUUCACUCAAGUACGCAUGUGAAAGACAUAGUGUCAAUUGCCACAAAGAACCAGGACCAGAGGGAUAAUUUGGCGCUUAAACAUUGCAGCAAGGGCGACAUGUAUUACAGCCAAGGCUCCACAAGAGCAGCACUAUUGGCCGCUGGUGGGUCUGUGAAGGCUUGUACUUUAGCUGUGGAGGGCAUGUACAAAUAUGCUUUCGCAUUGGUAAGACCACCUGGUCACCAUGCGGGACUGCGUGGACCGAGUGGUUUUUGCCUAUUGAACAACGUAGCUGUUGGGGCCAUGCAUCUGCUGAAUAAAUAUCAAAUGAAAAAAAUUGUAAUACUUGAUUGGGAUAUCCACCAUGGAAAUGGUACUCAGAAGAUCUUUUACAAAGACAAUCGAGUCCUCGUCAUUUCAGUACACAGAUAUGGGGGUGGUUUCUACCCUGACUCAAGUGAGGGAAACACUGAGCAUAUUGGUGAAGGAGUUGGUAGGGGCUUCAAUGCGAACAUCUGCUUUACUCACAAUGGCAUCCGUGAUGUUGACUAUAUUACUGUAUGGGAGCAUUUGGUCAUGCCAGUUAUCAGCGAGUUUGACCCUGAAAUUGUUCUUAUUUCGGCUGGUUUUGACGCAGCUGAGGGUGACGACCUAGGUCAAUGCAAGGUGACCCCGAAUGGAUUUGCGACACUGCUUCAGAUGCUCAUGAAGUUUGACCGCCUUGUAAUGGUUCUUGAGGGUGGAUAUAACUUGGACGCGCUGUCAGAAUCUGUUUCAGCUUGCAUCGAGGUUCUUCUGGGUGAAAAAAGUUGUAUUCCUCUUGACAGGACAAUUCUGCCAUACAGCACGACCUGGGAGGCGAUCAUAGAGACACGGAAAGUACUAAAACCAUUCUGGGAUGCGUGCAAACAAGAUAUUCCUGAAAGAAUCAGGUCCAAGAGCAUACCAUAUGCGGCCCAAGAAACAACCGACGAAGACAUUGCCUGACUGAGGCAUGGAUAGCAGGCGUCAGAUUUUGGAGGCUUCUUGUGUGUAUAAAUAGUCUAUACCGCUUCUUUUCACCUCACGUGCUAGCUAAGUUGGGUCAAGAUAUGGGAAGUGGCUCAAUACUUGUAUAUAGGCAUUCGAAGUGGCUCAUUCUCACGUACUGCGUCCUUUCACCGCAUUACGAUUUGACUCAAAUAGCUUAGCCAACAUGUCGUAUAUUGUCAGGUAACAGAAGCAACAGCGCACUUGGAAUAUAACAUGUUCUUUUAGUUUUA